AUGCAGUCAUUUGAGGUAUUUGGUUGCUUCUUGAGACAUUUUACGCCAAGAAGCAAUGAACUUCCCAGAGAUAUUAGAAAAGUGGUUGAGAAGUACUCAGAAAAAGGUAAAAUGAGUGUCAACAAUCUUCAAGAUUUCUUGACACACGUCCAAGGAGAAGCUGAUGCAGAUGCUCAGGCCAUAUUUGACAAAGCGAAGCAUCACAAUCUCCUCCACCAUACAGGCCUGCAUCUCUUGCAAUUUCUUUAUAGUGAUCUCAACCAUCCUCUUUGCGCAGUUCUAGAUGACAUGAAAUCUCCACUUUCUCAUUAUUAUAUCUAUACCAGCCACAAUACUUACUUAACCGGUAACCAGUUUACAAGCGACAGCAGUGUUAGGCCUAUCAUAAGGGCUCUACAGAAAGGCGUAAGAGGUAUCGAACUGGAUCUCUGGCCAAAUUCAACCAACACUGAUAUAAAUGUUUGUCAUGGAAGGACUCUGACUUCCUCUGUUAAACUGAGGAAAUGUUUGAAAGUUAUCAAGGAUCAUGCGUUCCAUGCUUCCGAAUAUCCGGUUGUUAUCACUUUCGAGGAUCAUCUCAACAAAAAACUCCGGAAAAAAGUGGCACUUAUGGUCAAACGCAUAUUCGAGGAUAUGCUGAUUCAACCAGAAAAAGAUUAUAAACCGACAAAACUCCCUUCACCUGCAGAACUUAAGGGAAAAAUUGUCAUUUCAACAAAACCACCAAACGAGUCAUUGGAGUCAGAGACUAUGGAUGAUACGAGAAUAAAUAUACUGUUUCCUACAAUUUUCGACUGCUUGAAAAGCAAAGAUGGUUCAGAUGAAGACAUUAAAAAUCAGGAGGAAGAUAUGCAGGGUGAAGCCCCCGAGUACAGGCAUUUGAUUGGUAUUCAUGCCGUGAAGCAUGAAGGUGACAUGCGUGAUUCUCUUCAUGUUGACCCGAAUAAUGUCAAACGUCUAAGCUUGAGUGAACAAGAACUUGUAGAAGCUUGCGAAGAAUAUGGACAAGAUAUCGUGAGAUUUACGCAGAGGAAUAUAUUAAGGGUGUACCCUAAGGGAACACGCCUUGACUCAUCGAAUUACAAUCCAUUUCAUGGUUGGAAGCAUGGAGCUCAAAUGGUUGCGUUCAACAUGCAGGGAUAUGGUGAGAACCUAUGGUUGAUGCAAGGAAUGUUCAGAGCCAACAAUGGCCGUGGCUACGUGAAGAAACCGAAGUUUCUAUGUGAAGGGGACCUGGCCAUUCGUCCGACCGAUGUUCAAAAAAUUUUGAAGGUAAAGGUUUACAUGGGAGAAGGAUGGCAUUUAGAGUUUCACCACACUCACUUUGAUUACUGUUCCCCACCAGACUUCUGUGUAAAAGUGGGCAUGGCUGGAUAUGGAGAUGAUAAAACUGCAAAAGCUCAUAGAACCAUGUCUAUUGAAGAUGAUUGGUGGCCGGUUUGGGACAAGGAGUUUGAAUUUCAGAUCAGAGUCCCGGAACUGGCGUUGCUUAGAAUCAAGGUUGAAGAUAUUGACACUACCAAGAAAAAUGAGUUUGCAGGCCAAACGUGCCUGCCCGUUUCUGAGUUGAGAACCGGCAUACGUUGUGUCCCGUUGUACAACAUAAAAGGCGAAAAGUACAAGUUCGUAAAGCUUCUCAUGCGUUUCGAAUUCCUAAAUCCGUAGGUUAGACUUGGUAUACAUCCAUUGGAUUCAAACUGUAUUUGGUUCUUUUGUUAUUGCUUCAAAUUCAAGAGGAUGUUUUACUAGUUAUAAGGUCAAAUAUGUAGUUUAACAAGGUAUUUAGCUUUGUGGUAUUUGUAUAUAUGGAUCAGGU